GAACCGAACCACAGCUUCACCCGAAUUCAGAGUCCGAAUUGGGUGACAAUAAUUCAAGUUAUGACAUCCACUAUGAUAACGAAUCGCGUCGUUGGGGACGCAUUGGUAUGAAUCACGCCAUACAUACGGACCUAAACGACAUGUCGGACGGCCUUAACGUAAAAGAGGGCGAAGUUGUUAUUGUAGUGGUAGUGUUGAUCGCAUGGAUUGGUUGUAUUUUAUUGUUUUUCAAUAAAUGGGGCAAAAUUCGUAUGUUAGAGCCCUAUCAGCCGGCAUAUAGAGAAACAUUCAGCAAUUCAGUGCAUUCAUUGCAUCCGAAAACAUGCACACGUAUGAACACGUGCACGAGUGCCACAGUUCCCACACACAUGCAUUCGACCGAAAGUCGGACCAGUCUUGUCUGUGACCGCGAUCUAUACAUACAACACAGCCGAAUGGUGGGCAGCGGACAGCUAUACCAGUGCGCAUCGGGCGCCACAUAUCACAACCCGGCGUAUCGGCCGCGCCUUAAUUCUGUGUUUGUCGGCUCCUUUGCACACCGCGACUCACUUUCACCCGAACCACAGAUGCCUCGCAAAACAAAGAGUGCUGAAGAUCUCAAGUCACUUGUCGUUCAGGUGUCGGACUAUAAUAUGCCGUCCACUUCAACAUCAGUUGUGUGAAAAACAGUCACCGGUUUUGAACAUCAAAUGCGAAAAAUGUUUAGACAAACACACAAAUUAACCGGUAUUUAACACAUAAGUUACAACUAUACUGUAU